AUGUCGCUGGCAUGGUCCCCACGUCCUCAUCAAGCCAGCUUCGAUUACCACUAUCGGCGUGAACCGUCUUGGCGAAAGCCCUUGUGCCAGCGAAACAGCUUGGUGCAGUACACGAAGGACAUUUCUGCCAACGGCUCCGUACGAAAUUGGGAAGACGUGCUAGCUCUGCUGGCUCUGCUCCCAUCCGUCCGCCUUCGACCAGACGAGGUUUUCUUCGGAGCGGCUCUUGGUCGGCUUGGCAAGGAGAGGCAGUGGCAAUUCGCAUUGACCAUCCUGGAGUCCAUGACCGUGUGCGAGAGCCUGCAGCCCAAUCUCAUCACCUGCAGUGCAACAGUCCAAGCCCCAGGGCGCUAG